GGAUCGGGUGUAUACAAAGUGCGUGCGUGCAUCGCGUCGUGCCGUAUCGCGCCGCGCGAGCUCGGUAAAUUCGCACUCGCACGAAAGAAAGAGAGAGCGAUAGGCGGGGGGAAGGGAAGCGAGAAGGAGAGGAAAGAAGAAACGAGAAAGAACGAGAGAGAGAGAGAAAGACGUACAUUCACAUUCACACGCGAAACAGUUGUGUAGUGGCGCGUUCGUGACGAAGCGCAACAUCGUACGGCAUCGUAGCAGAGAGGAAACGACCGAACUUCGAAGCGUACGGACGGACGCACGGACGGAGACGAAACGAGACGAGACGAGACGAGACGAGACGUGACGUGACGUGACGUGACGUGACGUGAAGGGAACGCGUCGAGUCCCGCCGCCGUUGUCGCUCGUCGCGUGCGUCGUCUUGUCGGAGUCAAUCGGACUCUGACUCAGGUUCGGACUCGUUAGCCGCGAUUUGCGAGGAGCGUCCCCGUUCGCUAUCCCGACAUAUCGGGAUACAGAGAUCGGGGUGGUCACCGGGGGGUUGCUGUCGCCGAUCGCCCGAGGAACGUGACACUACGUUGCUGACCACCUGCAGAGAGAAGCAUGGAGAAAAGCGUGGAGAUCCCCAGGAGCUUGAAGAAAGAGAUCAGCGACACGCAACAAAAAUUGCAGAAAGCGAUACUCGAGCAUCAGAUAUACGUGGAAAGGCUGAAGGAUGACCCCAAUAACCCAGACAUUCUCAGCAAUAUAAAAAAUAUUCAGGUGUACAUCGUCUCUUUGGGAAGAUGUCAGAAGCAGAUGCUGGCGCGGCUGCGCAAAGAGGUAGAGACGUCCGUGGCGGACAACGCAAAUGGAUCGAAAGUUUCCAUACCGUCUCUUCUCGGGCUGAACAACAAUAAUCAUAUAACGAACAAUAAUGAAACGAAGCAUGAAGCGGCCACCAAUGGUUUCGAGACUAAGCCAUCGAAGGAGGAUUACGAAGAGAUUGUCAGAAAUGGCGACGUUCAUCAUUCACCACCGCGAGAUAAUGAUUGUGCAAAGCUACGUCCUAGCUCGGUGGAAACCAUCUCUGGCGAAGAUGAUGUCGUCGAGGUAUCAUUGGAUGAAAAUUCUGAUGACAAGCCUGAAGAGGUGCAGAAAGAGCUCAACACCGAAUCACCCGAAAAGCACAACUAUCUAAAUUGCCUCGGGCUUAUCACCAAGUCCAAAUGUAUGGAGCUUCAAAACAAAAGAGUGGAAAGGAAACGUCGUAGCACGGCAAAUCCGCAAUUCGUAUAUUCCAUGUUCGAGCAACCAUCUAAACGGAAGAGGCAUUCGUACUUGCAAUCCGGAAAUGCGCCUCACACCCGCCAGACGACUGCACGUUUGAACGGUCCGUCGCCACCACCUAACAAAACUCAACCAACCAAAUCUACCUCGCCUCCGACGCAAACAGUAACAAAGUCGCUGAUCCCAAUCCAAAAGUCUACCACCAGGCCAAAUAUCCUUAGAAAUGCGGACAGUAAAGUCUUCAUCAAUAAAAGUAAAACAGAAGACAAUCAAAUACAAUUAUCCGCAACUAGUGCCAAAUCUGUCCAGUCAAUAGGUAACAAGGCUGUUCAUAUACCCGGAUUACCGUCUAGUUUGACCAUCGAAAGGAUUGGAAGCGACUCUAUCAUAUGCAUCUGUUGUAGAAAUCCAGGUUCAUUAACAACAUGCAAGAAUUGCUCAAGUAACUAUCACGUCUCGUGUCAUACUCAAUCACCACCUCCAUCCAGGAUAUGCCCAAAAUGUGCGCUAGCAAUGGAUGAAGAAGAUAUUGAAAGGGAUGAAGAAGCAGAGGUUAAGGAACAAGUGCAAGGCGAGAACAAACUGCCACGUUACAAAAAGGACGAAAAAUUCGCUGCAACAACGAAUGCGUCAAGAUCUAUUGGGAAAGCAAGAGAAGACUCAGAGAUCUAUAAAACGUCUGGUGGACUUUAUAAAACUGAUCCAACUCAGAAAAAACACAUCCUCUCCACCGUCUUCGGAGUCAAUCAGCUGCCCGCUUCAACCUUCCUCAUCCCGAUCGCAAACAAUAUCUCCACCUCAAAUGUCAACCAAUCAGAAGACAACAAGGUCACCUCGGUCUUCGAUACCGAACACCGACAAGAUACAGUACAUCGCAACAAUCACAUCCUCAACCAGUACUCACGAUCGGGCAUCACCUAUGUCCAAGAAGACGUCCAGGUCUCCAACCCCUACCAAUUGUCCAACACCACCGUCCAAUCAGAAAAGCAUCAAUCAUAUCUCAUUGUCAAGAAAAUCACCGAGUCGGCUGGAAGGUCCAAUCAGUCUUCUAGCGGUGAAGCCGAAGACCAAAACUGCUCCUCAAUUUUCAACUACCAAUUGCCGACCAGUUGCGGCACUACCAUUCAGACCAGUGUCCAACCCGUCAUCACCCAUUCCCUGUUCUACGAUCAUAACAACCGUAAGAAACAAGCCAAUCGCGCAGUCCCACUCCACCAUGUCACCGUAUCAAAAUUGUCAAAUUCUCUUUGCUCCAUCCCGAACGACCAUCAGCUGGACCGAGCGACCCUCAACGGCAGGAAGCCCUGGGUCAAACUCACACGCGGCAAACUCUGUGUCAAUAAAUCAAACAGAUCAGCCGCAGAAAUCUUACUGUCUUCUUACGGCGACGCCGAGAGUAGCGGCAACGAGCAACAACGACCAAGAUCAGCCGGAUCAGCGGAAGAAGCAACAACAGCAAACGACGGUCGUAAUAAAUGUAGAUCAAGAACCUUCAUCCACUCAUUGUUCCCAGGCCAUAACAAGCCCUAUACCGUCACCAAUAGUGCACGUGAGUCACGAGGCCCAAACAACCGAGAUUGUCCGCUCUUACGACAGCAACUUAGUCGUGAGGAGCACGAAUCAGAACUGCACAAGCAACCAGACGACAGUAAGCCAGCAGCAGUCCAGCUCCAACGGCACGCUCUCACGCGGUUCUUCGAGCACGUGAAAUUGGAAGAAGCGCAUAUACCAGCGCCACUUGGAACAAAGCUAGCACAUAAGGAUGAGGACGGCGAUGAUGACGGCGACGAGAACGACGAGAUUGCCCGGCAGGACAGCCCGCGCAACGAACAGUAUGAUGACGGUGAUGCCAUUGCUGAAGCUCCAUUGUUGAUGUCGCAUGAUUUGGACGAGGACCGUUUUAUCAUUCGCGUUCCUUGGCUAGAGCAAAAUUCGGAAAACGCUAGUAACAACGACAACAUCUCGAGCAAAACACCCGUCCGUCGUCUUUCGGACACAGCCUUGAUGCAAUCCGGCAAAUACACCGAUUAUGAUCUUGCUCGCGUUAACCCGCGACCAUCGGUGAUUCUACGGCAUUCGGCGGAGCGUGAGAACGAUCGAUCGAUGACGGUGGCGGCGGCACUACGCAUCGCACAAAGCAAUUUUUCGGAGCUUUUUAAUGAGGUCUCAGUUCCUGAUGAUAAGGCUGACACCGAGAGACAAGACUUACCCAGUGGUAGGCGGUUGAGAAGUAGAAGUGAUAGCAACAGCAGUAGCAACAGUAGCAGCAGUGGCCACAGUGAUACCCCAGAGCAAGCGAUGAAUGUGAAUGAUCUCUCGGACGAAUUCAAUAUCCUGGCCAUGAGUCUCGUCUCUUCGGAGGAAAGGGGCGUAGAAUUGAAGCGACAUGAGUCAACGACGGCGAGUGAGGCUGACGCCGCCACUGGCUAGAAAUAGUUAGAUUAAUUAUAUUAAGGCUCUUGGGUUCUACGUUGAAUUAUGAACACAAUUUAACAACAAGAAACCAUGCAAACUUUUUUCUUGCAUUGAAAUAAAUUAAGCUUUAUACCAUCAUUCGCGUUCAAUGCAAAUUGUUGAAUGCAUGAUAGAAACUUCUUUUUAUUAUUCUAUAUUAGUAAAGGUAUGUCUGAAUAAUAAUUGGAUUUGCGUUCCGUGUGUUCUGUGUUUUCAGCAAAAAUUAAGAUUCAGUAAAAUUAAGAUUUAUUUAUAGAUAAAAAUAUAUUUUUUUUUAUUUAUACUAUUGAACGUGUUUGAUGUGGUAUAAAAGAAUUAAAAUUUAUAUUGCAAGGAAAAAAGCCUUAAUAUUCCAACGUGCUCAUUAUUCUAAUCGUGCUCGGAAAUUUGCAAUCUUUCGAUAACACGUUCGUGUUUCUUGAAGAGGAAAACGGCGCGCAUUGCGCGCGAGUCAAUCGUCAAAGCAUAGCAAUUAUAUCAGUAUACGAUCGUGUACCCUAAAGAUAUUUUAACAACGAUAGUUCAACGGCAUUCUAGAAGUUUUUAUGCGGAAACAUCAGCACGAUUGCGUACCGCACCUCCCAAUGAAUCGGAGUCUACGAUGCGUUGGAUGAAAACAACAAUGGUAUUAAUUAGUUUAUUUUUUCAUCGUUAUAAAAUUUGUUCCAUGAUUUUACGAUUCAGAUAUUAGAAUAGAUUACCUAAGACCAAGUGCGCUUUCUUUCGAGAAAGUUUCGAGAAACUUUUUUUUUGUUUUUCUUAUAUUUAUAAUUAUUAAAACUUUCUUCGAAAAGAGAAUUGCGUUAUAUCGUAAAGUAUUCCUUUCGUUAUAAAAAUUAUGUAUAAUCAAUAUACAUAUACACAUAUAUAUAUGCGCGCAAAGUCCAGAAUCACAUGGAACAAUUGAAAAACAAAAUUGCUAAAAUUUCACUUGUGCCAGUAUCGAUGAAUAUUGUAGUAUUGGAUGACAACUUGGUUUCUUCCAGUUAUUAAUAAUCUUGUAUAUUGCGCUAUCAUUCUUCGUCAAAUUCGCAACGGCAAAACUCGUAACAGAAAAUUGACACGAUUCUUCACAGGUACAAAUGAAAUCGAGCGAGUCUAGAGUGAUGAAUUGAUGCCGAAUUGAGAUUUGAAUUUUUCAAAUCGAUUCUUCCAAUAUGUUUUAUGCGUUUCUGAUUAGUUUUCUGAGAGGGAUCAUCGCUUUACCUAUACCAUGAUUAUAUACCAUGGUUUUUCGAGGGAAUCCCGUAUAUCUCUUCACCGCCACAUUUCGUAAUUCCGCGACUAGACAAACCGAGCACAUAUCCGAUACGUCGCCGAGAUGAUUACAUCUCGAGAUGGUCUCGUAGGACGCGGGAGGAAGCCUAUAACUAUAUUACGUAAAUCAAGUCACAUUACCAUACUGCCUUAAUAGUAAUGUAAAGUGGUACUUUUUAAAAACCGGCAAUUGCGGAAAACUGAUUACGCAUCCCGGUAAAAUGUGAACUGCGAUGCGACGCCAUCGACGGUCGGGCGAUCGUAGAAUGAGAGCAAUCACGGAGAAGUAAUACGAUUAAUCAAAUUCUCGUUACCAUAAUCGAAAGCGUUAGUUAUUAAGGAUCGUUUGUAAGUUCCAUAAAAUGACGCGGUAAAACCGAUCGUUCUAUUUCUCACGAAAGUUGUAUCCUUGCCGAUAAUAGUUUGUGAGAAGAGAGAGAGUCAUGUGUACGCGUGCAUGUAUGCGUGUAUGUAUUCGUAAGCGAUUAUUAUAAUUUCGUCGAUGCGAAACUUCGACGAUAUUUGACGUUAUGUUGAUUUUAAUUUGUUUAUAAUUGUUUUUCGUCCGGAGACACAAGGAGAGAGAGCAAUGCUGUGAUCUUUUGCAGCGUUUCACCUGCAAAAGGGACCGAGAUAACAAUCAUUUGAGAAAUAUAGUUACUUCGCUACGAAAAACGUUGACGCGCUAGUAUUACUUUCGUCGCCCUCCGAAGUUGAAUUGCACGAGCCAAUUAUUCGUCUAUUUAUUUUAUGUUAACGUUAGUUCGCUCGGGUAUUAACCGUUGGCUUGCCCAAGGUAAUAUUAACAUUUACACCUAACUAAUGUAUGUAAAAAAAGAAGGGAAAAAAAGAGAAUUGUUAUAUGCAGCAAGUAGGCACCAAGAUAUUGAGCUCGAGAGAUUCGUAUUUUUUAUGAAAUAAAGACAACUUAAGCAGCAU